UCCUCCUGUGACUCGGAAGGUUACAGCAAGAAGAAGCCUUUCGAAGCCUACCAAGACAAGAUCAUCCAGCUGUGCCGUGACCUUGGGUGGGGAGAACCCUCGACUGUUGAGCGAAUGAAAGGUGGCAGCUACAACAGAAUUGUUGGCCUUACAUUCAAAGAGCGUCAGCCGUCUGGAUUCGUACUUCGCAUCUCUCGGACAGGUGGCGAAUUUGAUGAAGCUGCAGAAGUCAAGGAUCAAGUUUCUCUUCUUCAAUAUCUUUCAACCCACUUGCCAGUCGCUGGUAUUUCAGCGUUUGACUCGAGCCAAAACAAUGCACUAUCGUCCUCGUAUGUCUUACAAGAAUACUGGGACUUGAUUCUAUCUCUGCCUUUAGUUCUUGCAAGAUCACCCCCUCUGUGGCUCUGGUGUAAUGAGGACGAGCGUUCAGAUGGCUGGACUGGGAAUAUGGACGUGGCUCCCGCUCGAGAGUUGACCCAAGAAGAGCUUUUGAUCAAAGCACACUUUGAUCAGAUCAUGGCAAAACAUGAUCCGUCCUACAUGGAAGAUGCUUAUUAUCGUGGACCAUGGCUCCGUCGACUUGCCAGAUUUGCACUCUUUGGGUUUGGAGAGUAUGGAUCUUUCGAUCGAUAUGAUAAUUUUAUCAAAGAGUGGGAGAUACAUUACUCCAGCAUCACCAAAUUCGAGGUGGAGAACAUAUCAAACAAUGAGAGUGACGAAGAGAGUGGAGAAGAUGAGGAG